AGAUUUUAUCUGGCAGCCUCGAUAACAGCUGCGGAGUUUGAUUUGAUGCUAGUACAGUUGCUAGUGGUGUGAGGUGAUGAUUUGCAUACACAGAGAAACUCAAAAUAAAUCGCUGUUAAAAUGAUCCUAAGAAGUUAAAACCUUUCAGACCUGGCAGUAUUUCUUUGGUGUACUUGUAUUUGAUUUUGAAUCAUCAUUUGUUGAAGGAUUCAGCCAAGCACCAGCUUUUAACCUACAUUAGCUACAAACUACCUGGCAACUGUGGGAUCUCAUAAACAUCACAAUGGAUGUUGUUCUGGAAUACACUGACUAUUAUUUCUUCACACCCUAUGUUUACCCCAACACAUGGAAAGAGAAUGAUCCUAUUCGGCAAAUUUUAUCCUUGUUAGUGAUUGCUAAUAUAGGAGGGUACCUCUUGUAUUUUAUUGUUGCCAGUUUGAGCUAUUUUCUCAUAUUUGACCACAGGCUGUUAAAGCAUCCACUUAUUUUAGAGAACCAAGUUAUGAAAGAAAUAGUUUGCACUGUUGUUUCAGUGCCAUUUAUGAGCAUACCAACCGUGGCUAUGUUUUUCUUAGAGGUCAGAGGUUACAGUAAACUCUACGAUAGUGUUGGGGACACAAGGCUUGGUUACGCUGGUGUCUUUAUCAGCAUGUUCACCUUCAUAGCCUUCACUGACAUGUGCAUCUACUGGAUCCACCGCUUCCUCCACCACAAGCAUGUCUACAAGCACCUACACAAGCUCCACCACAAGUGGAAGGUGCCAACACCAUUUGCUAGUCAUGCUUUCCACCCAUUGGAUGGCUUCCUUCAGAGCCUUCCCUAUCAUAUAUACCCCUUCCUGUUCCCACUACACAAGGUGACGUACCUAGGUCUGUUCGUUUUUGUCAACAUCUGGACAGUGUCCAUCCAUGACGGGGACUACAGAGUUCCGGAGACCUUGAAGCCUGUAGUCAAUGGCAGCGCUCACCAUAUGGACCACCAUCUCUUCUACAACUAUAACUAUGGUCAGUUUUUCACUUUAUGGGAUAGAAUAGGUGGCUCGUACAGGAAUCCAAGCUCCUUUGAGGGCACUGGACCCAUGGACCAGAUCCUUGAGAAAGAGAAGGAAGCCUCGCAGAGAAACGGCAAACAACAAAAUGGCUUUACAAACGGCAGCACAAAGAAAGUGGAUUAACUUAACCCUCGUGGAUAACAUCAGAAAUUUUGAGUAUACUGGAUCCAAUAAGGAAAUAGAAAAAUGUUGUAGUUAUUUAAUGUUAUUUAUAAAAUGUAUACCUUCUACACUUUAAAUAAGCAAAAUUAAGCACUUGAAAACUUUCUAGAUUAGAAAGUUUUUCACAUUUUAAACAAGCAAUGUAAAAUCUGGUUAGUCAAGAGUAAAGAAUGAUAAAUAUUUUCUUUUAUCCUUUUAUCAUACUAAACAUUACAAAAAAUAACUAAUGUACUAUAUUUACUUGGUACCUUGUUUCCAGUUGAGAUAGUUCAAAUAGUUUAAUUUGUCAGAAGUUUAAAAAAUAUGUUUACUUUUUUUAAAAAUUCAUAUUAACAUGAAAUUCUAGUAGUGCAAGCAGUAUAAAAGAAAGUAAUUAAAAAUUAUCUUUUUAAGGGUUUAGUUUCACAAAAACCUUUUUUAAUGUAUUCAUGUCUAUCUCUAACUGCAGCAAUAUGAUGUCUCUAUUUGUAGUUGUAUGUAAUACAAAAUGUAACAUCAUUGUAAGAUUUAUUAAUCUAGUUGUGCAGGAUAUGAAAUUUAAUUUCAUAAUCAAUUUUUUUCCAAAAGCUUACCUAUUUUAAAUAGCUUAAUUGUUAUUGAUUUUUUAAAUCAACUCUUUGAUUUAUUUCUUACCCAUUAAAAACACCAUUUGUGUUUACCCUAAGAUUUCUCUAGAUUUUGUGCCAUAGAAUUAAUAAUUUGCAAUAUAGAUGCAUAAAUACUGUCUAAAAUGAAAACUGGCUAAAUGAGAAAGUGUAGCUGUGUUGGUAUAUAGAUUUUGUAGAGCUAAAUUCAGACUGAUUCAGCAAAUAUUUCUAGCUGGUCUCAUAACAUUUUUUCUGCAUGUUUAUAAUGACCAUGUUCUCCGGUUUCGCUAAAACAAAAUAUUAUUUUUGGCUUGUCUAACUGCCCUCACAUGUAUUAGUGGUGUUAUUCUGACAAUUUGAUACUGUAGUAUUUUAAAAGGAAACUACAUUUAAAAAAAAAAAAUUUACCUUGGUCUAAUUUUCUUAAGUAUAUCCAGAAAAAAAAGGUUGAUUAUCUAUCUUGGGAGUAUUAUUUAAAAUAGUGUUCUGAUGCUAUUGAGUUGUACUUUUUAUCCUUUUUUAAAUAUGUAAAAAAUAUUGAAAAUUAUCAGCAUUGUGUAUUUUUAUGAACUGGCUCAGUGUUAAAUAAUUUUUAUAAGACGUGGAACAAAUAUCAUUCUUGGGUUCCCCCAAUACACACCCAAUAACUGUUGCUCACUCAGUAUUUGUUGCUAAGUUUGAAUUCCAAUAGUAAUGAUUGUGUAAAAUGUUUUUAAAAGCUAGUAGUAAGAAAGGAAUCAGUUAAUCUAUCUUUAUACAAUGGGCAUUUACUGUACUGAAAUCUUUCAAGUGAGAUUUUUAAGUUUAGUUGAAAAUGUUUGAAUUUUUUUUUAAAGACUUUAUCCUUUUGUAUAUCAGUUGUUUUUAAUUUAAAAACCUGUAUUAACUGUUAAUUUAUGUAACUAGGUGACCUAAAUCAGCUAUCUUUUUUAUAUUUGCUUUGAACUAUUUUUUUACACUUAUUUUAAGACCAUUUUUAUUGUGACUAUUUUAUCUGCACAAUUUCAAAUUGUCCAAAUGGCUGUGAUACACAUUUAGUGAAUCAAUUAAAGACUACUAUUAUCUUUUUUUGGGCCUAUUUUUUAAAAGAACUUCAAAACCACUCUUGUCAAAAAAAAACUACUUCUGACAGGCACUACUAGAUUUAACUAAAAUCCCACCAAAUUAGAUUACUGAAUUAUUUUUACGAAGUGACUACUCUGAAGAUUUUUCUCCCUAACGUCUCCACUUAGUCUGCAAAAGAUAGCUCUGCGCAUGCGCAAUGACCUAGGGUUAGGGAUAGGAUUAGGGUUGGUGUUAGGGUUCUGCAGUUGUAAACCCACGCAUGCGCAGUACCAUCGAAAACAUCGCCGCGAUGGCAAGUCGUAGUUUCUCUCCAUUGCACAUGCGUACCUUACUCCGGCUAGCAUCGGCCUUAUUUUUAACCACAUUCUUCUGAAUUUUUAAGGAGCCAAAUAAUGUUUUUUUUUUCUUUCCUCUGGACUUUAAAGCCAACUGCAAGCUACUUAAUCAAUUAAAUGUAAUGUAUGCCAGGACUGUUUACUUUUUCUCCAAGUUUCUCAGCUCUAGAAAUUUUUUUCUUUUAUUCAACUUGCAUUGCAUGUAAUGCUGACAUGCUAUUUGAAAUUUUGUCUGCAAUUCUGUUUUUUGGUGACCAGAUUUUUUUUUUGAAAUGUGUUGCUUUAACUUUUAAAGUCUAGAUUUUUAAUUGAGCCAAGCCUGUGUUGAUUAGUUUUCAGAGAAUCAAACUAUUCUUUUUACCUACAUUUAGGUAGUAAUAAUGUCAUCACAUGCUGAUUUUAGAGCUAUUUUAAUUUCUGGAUGUCUAAAGGUAGAUACAAUAAUUUUCUUAAUUAUUCUAGUAUAUUUUUUUACUGUCCAUGUAAGUCAAAUUGCUUUUUUUAUAAUUAAAUUGUCAAAUAUGCUAAGUAAUCAUUGACAGUGUGCACAUCAAAAGGAUUAGUUUUUCUAACCUUAUCUACUCCAUUAUUGUUUCCUCUAUGGUCCAAUUUUUCAUCUCAGUAAUGUUUACUUUGAUGUGUGUGUCUGUAUAAAGUGCUCACUUUGUUCUUGUGUAAUCUUACAGCUAGUUUUGUACAAUAAUUUAUUCUAUCAAGCCAAAUAUUAUACUAUUGAAAUCUGACUGUUCUCAUGGCCUUUCAUUUCAUGUUUGUUUUAAUCUGAAUAGAGGUUAAACAUUUUGUUUAUUCCUGCUAUUUGUGUAUGUAAAUGAUCAAUUUGACUACCAGUGUCCAGAACAUUUUUGUUUUCUAUAUAGAGAUAGUUUGUUUACAUCAAGUCAAAAUAAAGUGUUUUGAAAUGUUUAGCUUUUUUUUU